UCCGGUCCAAGUUGAAGUUACAUUUUCAAGGGCAGGUUGGAAUAGAUCGUGUUUAGAUCCAGUGCAUGUGUGUUGACGUGUGACGGACAAGAACAUGCUGUGCAGAGUCGGAUAUGUCCGCAGGUGUGCUGCCACCUUGAACCCCAUCUUGGGUGCCAUGGCCUCCAGACAGAAGCACACACUCCCUGACCUCCCCUAUGACUAUGGUGCACUUGAGCCACACAUUUGUGCUGAGAUUAUGCAGCUGCACCACAGCAAGCACCAUGCAACAUACAUCAACAACCUCAAUGUCACUGAGGAGAAAUAUCAAGAGGCUCUGGCCAAGGGGGAUGUGACAACCCAAGUGUCCCUUCAGCCUGCAUUGAAAUUUAAUGGUGGUGGUCAUAUUAAUCAUACUAUAUUCUGGACUAAUCUCUCACCAAAUGGUGGAGGAGAGCCACAAGGGGAUCUGUUUGAGGCUAUUAAGCGUGACUUUGGCUCAUUUCAGAAGAUGAAGGAUAGGAUGUCUGCUGCCACAGUGGCUGUGCAGGGCUCUGGCUGGGGCUGGUUGGGCUUUGAGAAGGACAGUGGGAGGCUAAGGAUUUCUGCUUGCUCUAACCAAGAUCCUUUGCAGGGCACUACAGGUCUCAUCCCACUACUUGGGAUAGAUGUCUGGGAGCAUGCAUACUAUCUCCAGUACAAGAAUGUCAGACCGGACUACGUUAAGGCCAUCUGGAAUGUUGUGAACUGGGAGAAUGUCACCGAGCGUUUCCAAGCUGCAAAGAAAUAAAUUACACCACUCUUGGUUUAAAAAAA